AGGGUAGGAUUUCAUGCCCAAAGAGGCCAAAUGUCCUUAUGAGCCAAGUAUGGCAGGUCGUUGCAGGCCGAGAUACUGGUGGACUCGCGGUCCGCGAUGGCGCUGAGCCUCAGAGCCGAGAGUUGGAGCAGAAGCUCUCACAUGCUGCCUUCGUGGAGGAGCUGGAGUUGAAAAACGAGCGACUUCACUACAAGCUGGUGACUGGCACUGGCCCGGAGACUGGAUGGGUGAGCACCAAAGUGGAUGACCAGGAGCUGCUGCGAUGCAUCAUUAAAGCACCGCCAAAGGAGCCAGCGCCUUCAGGUCAGCCAUUGUUUUGUGCCUGGUAUUCUGGCGGCUUCUCAAAGUCAGACGGCGAAAAGCUGCUGGCACCGUUCAUGCAGACCCUGAAGUCUGCGGGGGUACAGGACACGGCAAUCUUCCACUAUCCUGAUGCCUAUGGGCUUCCGGGUCAGGGCCGCGAGCCCUGGGCGAGUUACAUCGACCGCCUGGUGGAGGAAAUCGACCGAGCGGCAGGCAGCUGCGCCCGGCCGCUGGUGCUCUUCGGCCACUCCCGGGGCGCGGCGCCGGCCACGUGCGUGGCCUUCCGGCAGCCGCAGCGGGUGAAGAAGGUUUAUAUCGCAGCUUGCAGCGCUAUGCGCGCCGGCGAAGCAACCGGCUGGGAGCUCUUGAGCCAGCGCUUCCAGGAAGGAGGUGACAGAGAACUUCUGAAGUGGUUCUCGAGCCUCCAGCCGGACAACAUUCUGCUGCACCGUACUGCGUACGACACCUCGGACAGCGAGUUUGAGGAGCAGAUGAAGUCCAGCAAGUUCCUGGCGGACAUGCUGCAAGUAAUGCGGGUGCAGUAUCGAGAUGCCAUGUUUCCGGACCCCGCCCGCGACUUCGGGGUCAUGCCAGUGCCCAUCAUGGCGAUCGCCCCGCUGCUGGAUGAGUCCUGCCAACCGCAGCACUGCAAGGAUUGGGGCCUUUUGACCUCCGCUGGCUUCCAGCUGGAAACUGUGCAGGCAGGUCACAUGGAUUGCCUGCAAGCCGGGCCAGCGCCGAUUCCUUCCGACAUUGAGCUUCAGAAUGCAGCAUGCCCGCUGCUACCGCAGGCGGAUGAAGAGAUGAUGCGCACGUUGCGCAAUUUCGCCAGAGUCCAGGCUGUGAAUGAUGGUAAAGGCCAGUGCGAGCUCAGCAGCAAGAUCUGUCAGGACUUGCAGCAAUUCCUGAAAUGAGAUUGGCCUGAUUCAGCGGGCAUAAAACGGCUCAUAGCCUGAGGACAUGUCUCACGCUCCGCGGCUGCAAAUGUUCCAUGCGUGCUUUGAGC